AUGAACAUAGAUCCCCCUGAUUCCCCAACAAAACCGGCAAAUUCUACCAACCAAUCAUACCUUUGCACACUUAUAUCUCAUAACAAUAUAUCUUCACAUACCAAUCAACCUUACUCCCUAAACCCUAGCCUCAACAUCACAGAUGAAACGGAGGCACCUACGGAUCCUUCAAUCUUUAUCCCGCUCUCACUAGAAGAAAAAAACAGACUCUAUACUCCAUGGAAACAUGCAGUUAUUAUCAAGGUUUUUGGUCGAAAGGUUGGACACCAACUUCUUCGCCAAAAAAUUUAUGCACAAUGGAAACCUACUGAAAAUCUUCCAUUGAUUGAUCUAGGAUCUCAUUUCUUCCUCAUUAAAUUCCAAAAGGAGGAGAAUAAGCUUCAUGCUUUGCAAGAUGGCCCUUGGUUUAUUUCAAACCAUUUUCUCUCAGUCCGUCAAUGGGAACCAAAAUUUAUGGCUUCAGAAACGAAAAUAACAUACUCGGCAAUAUGGUUGCGUCUCCCUGAAUUACCUACAGAAUUUUACGACCUUCAGAUCCUGAAAAAACUGGGAAAUAAAAUUGGAAAACUACUUACUGUUGAUACAUGCACCUCUACAACAACAAGAGGAAGAUAUGCAAGGCUCUGUAUUGAGGUACCAUUGGAUCAACCGUUUAAAACUCACCUCUUUAUCAGCAGCCACAAGCAAACUAUCCUUUAUGAAGGAUUGAACAUGCUCUACAUCAAUUGUGGUCGACUUGGCCAUAACCAAAGGGCAUGUACUUACCACCUCCAACAAAACUUUCCCCAAGAAUCAAAUCCAUUGCACCAGUCCCAAACUACAAACCCUACUGCCAUCCUUUCUUCGAAAUUACCCACUCCAUCUACUGAAGAAUAG